CGGUGGUGCUUUGGCAUUUGCAGGUGGAGGAGAAAGGAUAGAGCUGCGUGGCAUGGCGUGCGGAAGAAAGGGCGAAAAAAAGGAGCUGUGCGGAAGAAGAAAGCAGGAAGAAGGGAUGGCGAAAAAAGCAGCUGCAUGGAAGAGGAAAGAAGGAAAGGGGAAGAAGCGCAGAAGGGGAAGGAAGGGAGGAAAAAAGCAGCUGCGUGGAAAGGAGAAUGCAAGCGCUGCGCGGCAUGGCGAAGAAAGAAAGGAAAGGCGGAGAAAGGAGAUUUUUUUUCUGGUCCUCCGACCUUCCCCAUGCUGUGCCGCGCAGCUCCUUCCUUUCUCCUCUGUAGUAUCAUUUCACCCUAUCCAUCACAGUGCAUGACUCGUUGAUGGAUAGGGCGAAGUGAUACUACACCUCUCGCUGCUCAAGUCAACGCCAAAACACCAACAAUUGUUUUCCCGCAUGCUGUACUUCCGCAUGCUAUUUGCAGGAAGGAAGUAGUAUGCGUGAGAAGUAGCGUGCGGAUGAAGCCGCCAGUGUUUUGGCGCUGGGCAGGGCAAGGAGAAAAGGAGGAGGAGCUGCGCCCUGAUCUAAUGGUAGUAGUAAUCGCGUCCUCCGUGCCCUUCCGGUGUCUGGGGGUGAGCUUCCGGUCGUUUUGCUUUCCCCCUUCCCCCUGGAAUCUCAGGGGUUGCAAGUGUUGGUUCUUUGCUAUUGCUACAUUUCCAAGUCCACGUAUGGAUCCGCCCGAGCAGGUGCGACAAGGAUCCCACAACCCCGACCACGGGGGCUCAAUUCAGAGCCAGAUAAAUAUGGCUUAUAUACCUACAGACGAGGAAAAGAUGAUCUUCAAAGAAUGCAAUAAUGAAAGUUUCUGGUAUAGAUCCCUGCCUUUUUCUGCAGCUGGCAUGCUGGUCACUCAGAUGUUAAUUAAGAAAGGAUUUCUUACAACUAAUUCAAGGUUUGGAUCUCUUCCAAAAGUUGCAUUUGCUGGCAUAUUUGGCUACCUUGGUGGAAAGAUUUCCUAUAUGAAGACAUGCCAGGAGAAGUUUAAGAGGCUGGAUAAUUCACCACUGGGAGAAGCUCUAAGGCAACGUAGUAGACCUGAAUAUUCUCAGAAGCCUGUAUUUUCAAAUGUGCCUUCCCAGAAGCCUUUUGAAACUGUUCCAGAAGGCCCACUAUCUUCCACAUACUCUGGUGAUCAUCAUGGAGUGGCUGGUUCACACUCUAAGUAUGAACCAAUCCCAUUUAGUUCUUCCAUGAAUGAAUCUAGUCCCAGUGGAAUAACAGACAGUAUCCCAGGAGAACCUAUCCCAUUUCUUGAAGAAAGUCCAAAAAGAAAAGGAAUCACGUAUGAAGAAUUAAGGAGCAGAAAUAGAGAGAUGUAUGAGGCAGGAGUAACGCAGAAGUCAGAAAUUCCAUCAAAGUCUUCACAGGAAAGACCGUUAAAGAAGGAAGUUAAAGUUAAUAAAUAUGGAGAUACUUGGGAAGAGUGAAAUCCUUUGUACCACCUGGACACAUUUCUUCAAUCAAAUAUUUCAGCUUUAUCAAUGUCAAAUAUCUGAAUGUUCUGUUUGGAAUGCAAAUUGAUUACAAUUAAAAAAAAUACUUAGGUCUCUCUCUUUUUCACUUGGCAAAGUAAGAAUGGACUGUUCCCCUUACAGUAUUUAACUUGGAAGCAAUUGGAUGCUAAUGACUAUAUCAUAAUUUUUAAAGCACCCCUCAUUAUUUUAAUGGUGAGUAACUAGAGCCACUAGAAUUCACAGAAGGAACCAGUUAAUAUUAGGUCUGCUUGAAAGGUAGUGCUGCUGAAAACAGAAGGGCAGCAAAGACACUAAGGCCUACUACCUUAAUUUGAAAGUAAUUUAAAGGGAACAUAAAAAUUUACAAGGAAAAAAACUUCCAACUAUGUAAAAACUAGUAGUUGAAUACAAAAAUAAUGAAGAAAAACAUGAUGGUUUUGGUUCUUUGAAAACAUUUUAAGAUUAAAAUGUUCAUAUUUUUAGUCUUUGGAAAUAUGCCCGUGUUUAGAUAACACUUGUGUGGCACAUGCUUUACAUACACAAGGUUCAGGAUAACAGGGCUUCAAAAGAUCCCCGCAUAAGGCCUUGAAGAGCCACUGUGAGUCAGAACAGACAGUACCGCACUAGGUAACCCAAUGGUAUAGAGCAACUUUGUGAGUUAAGACUUGUGAACUUGCAGUUAUAAUAAACCUGAUUUCCUAAAA